AUGCCUUCAAUUUCGGAAAAAGAUAUUCUUGAUAUUAAAAGAAGACUACAACAAAUGAUUGAUGGGCAUAAAGAAUUUGUUGAUGCUCCUGAGUUGAUUGCUGCAUUAGAAAGUAUGGACAUAACAAUUGAUAUUCUUAAAAGAACACUUAUUGGUAUCACUGUAAAUGAAUUAAGAAAGAAAAGUGGAAAUGAAGCUUUAAAUAAAAGGAUGAAGUCUUUAGUUAAAAAGUGGAAAUCUCAAAUGGAAACAAAUGUUAGUAAGAAAUCAAGUAAUACACCACCUCCACCUCAACAGAGUGUGCCAACUAUUAAAAAGCCAACAAACAAUAUAUCUAAAACACAACCACAAUCACAAACGUUUACAGCUAAUGUAAAAAUUCAUAAAGACGAUUAUCGUAACAAAGUAAUAGGAAUGUUUAUAAGUGCUUUUAACAUAGCUGAACUUCCAGAAGGUACACUAGAUCCUGAAGAUUUAGCGGUACGUAUUGAAGAGGAACAUUUUAAAUUACAUACAAAUACUAAUGAUAAAUACAAAGCUGCUAUUCGUAGUAAAAUUUUUAAUUUGAGGGAUAAAAAAAAUCCUGAUCUCCGUGCUAAUGUAUUAACUGGUGUUAUCAGUCCUGAAAAAUUUUCAACUAUGACAAGUGAAGAUAUGGCUUCAGACGCAAUGAAGAAACAACGAGAAAAGUAUACACAAGAGGCAAUUAGGGAACAUCAAAUGUCUAUAGCUGAAGGAACUCCAUCUGACAUGUUUAAAUGUGGAAAAUGUAGAAAAUAUAACUGUACUUAUACACAAGUACAAACUAGAAGUGCGGAUGAACCUAUGACAACAUUUGUAUUUUGCCGUGAAUGUGGGAAUCGUUGGAAAUUUUCUUAA